AUGACAGAUUCAGUGCCCCGCCGACGCAUCGUCUUGUCGAAUCUUCAUCUCAACUCGAUCGAUGGCAACAUCAAUACUGAACCCGGGGUAGAGGUAGUAACCAACAACUUGGAGACAGAAAACCUCUUCGACGGUCUUCUGCAGAGGACCAAGAUCGGUACUGUCUCUGCGGUCCCUGCGAGUAACGAGGGAUUAGGUCUCCCAGCUUUUGCUGAUGUGCCUGGAAGUGGCAUUGUUUUGCCUGGGGGCGUGAAUCUUUACUUUUUGGACUUGGCCCCAGGAUAUACAACUCCGAUGCAUCGGACCGUGUCAGUCGACUACGUUGCCGUCAGCCAGGGAACACGCACCCUUAUAACCCCCAAGACUGCUUUCAGCGCCGAAAACAAUAAGGCCGACUAUAAAGACACUAUUGAAAGUCUGCUUCGUCCAGGAGAUGUUGCCGUUCAACGCGGGGCUAUGCACGCCUGGGCGAACAGAACUGAUGAAUGGGUUCGUAUGAUUGGCAUAGUUGUGGACGCAAAGCCGUCUGAGAUUGUAAUAGGCGGAAAGCAGCUGGAAUUAGGUGAAAAAUGGCUUCAGUGA